AUGCUUCCCCUGCCCAUCCCCAAUCCCCCGCUCAUCCUCCCACCCCUGCCUCAUCCCAUCCCCCAGUUCCCUGCACACCAGAACCCUCUACCGCCACCUCCACGCCUUACUGAACUGUACAUACCUUCUACACAUACGGCUGCACCUCCCACUCCACUCCUCACUCCACCCUCCUCCACUCCAUCCUCCAGUCAUCACUCUCCAAUCCACUCCACACUCUACCCUUCCUCAUUCCACUUCCAGGUAUUCUUCCCCAACCCACUCUACUCCCCAUUCUCUUCAUCCCCACUCCUCUCCCUAGUCAGCUCUGUCCAAAACUACACUUAA